AUGACCUCAAUUGACAAAGAGCCCGAUUCGGUGCAGGUCUCUCAAACGGCCGAUGGAAUAACGACGAUAACAAUUUCCCGAAAACAUCGACGGAAUGCCGUCGACAAUGCAACUGCCCGCAAGCUAUACGAUGCAUUCCUCGAUUUCGAAAAUGAUCCCACUCAAAAAGUCUGUGUCUUUUAUGGAGAGCACGGCAACUUUUGCGCGGGUUUCGACCUUCACGAAGCUGCCACGUCCAAUUCUUCCCAAGCCGUUGGCGUACAGGGCAGAAAUAUCGGUCCCAUGGGACCAUCACGAUUGGAUGUCAAGAAACCGGUCAUUUCUGCGGUUGCCGGGUACGCAGUUGCGGGAGGGCUGGAACUCAGUCUGCUUGGCGACAUGAGGGUUGCGGAGGAAGACGCUGUGUUUGGCGUCUUUUGCCGUCGAUGGGGAGUGCCUUUGAUCGACGGGGGAACCGUACGACUUCAAGCUAUUAUUGGGCUGAGCCGGGCUCUCGAUAUGAUUCUCACGGGAAGGCCGGUAGACGCUGCAGAAGCACAUUCCAUGGGCUUAUGCAAUCGUGUAGUGCCCAAAGGCAAAGCGUUGGAGGAAGCGACGAAGCUGGCGAGAUCUUUGCUCAAGUUCCCUCAGGCUUGCAUGAAUUUGGAUCGCUCUAGUUGCUACUAUGCAGCUUAUAAUGCCUCAUCUCUGGAGGAUGCCCUGCGGCAUGAGUUUGAAGCUGGCGUGAAGAUUGUGUCGACGGAGAGUAGAGAAGGUGCUGCUAGGUUUAGUAAAGGUGCGGGCCGGCAUGGAGGCUUCAAUUUAUGA